AUGAAGGGUUACACUGGUAAUGAUAACAAGGGCGAACACUUUUGGUGCCCGACGCUUCCGUUCCAAGUGAUGGACGGCUCCAAUGAAUUGGGUUUCUUGGGACGAAAGCACAUCCUUAACUACGCAUCCAGUGGCGGCAGUGCAUUGCAACAUAGCGUCAAAACAAGGAGCAAAAAGAAGGACGAAUGA